CUCAUAAUCUUAAGUGACGCGCUGCGUUGCGCUGUGUUCGGUCGACUCUUGAUUAAUGUUGAACACCGCGAGUUUAAUUUAACAUCCAGUGUAAUCGAAUAAUUUAAAGAAAAAGUGAAAAUGUCGAUACAACCACAUAGCAGAAAACGUGUCUGCUACUAUUAUGAUAGCGAUAUAGGGAACUAUUAUUAUGGGCAGGGACAUCCCAUGAAACCGCAUCGCAUAAGGAUGACACAUAAUUUACUUUUAAAUUAUGGUCUUUAUCGAAAAAUGGAGAUUUAUCGUCCACAUAAAGCCACUGCUGAUGAAAUGACCAAGUUCCACAGUGACGAAUACAUCAGAUUCUUGAGAUCAAUCAGGCCAGACAAUAUGACAGAAUAUAAUAAACAAAUGCAGAGAUUUAAUGUUGGUGAGGAUUGUCCAGUAUUUGACGGUUUAUAUGAAUUCUGUCAACUUUCCGCGGGUGGUUCAGUAGCGGCAGCAGUGAAACUAAAUAAACAAGCUUCUGAAAUUUGCAUUAAUUGGGGUGGUGGUUUACAUCAUGCAAAAAAAAGUGAAGCUUCAGGUUUUUGUUAUGUCAAUGAUAUUGUACUUGGCAUUUUGGAAUUGCUCAAGUAUCACCAAAGAGUUUUGUAUAUUGACAUUGACGUACAUCAUGGCGAUGGUGUCGAAGAAGCCUUUUAUACAACUGACAGAGUUAUGACUGUUUCUUUUCAUAAAUAUGGUGAAUAUUUCCCAGGUACUGGCGAUCUUCGCGAUAUUGGAGCCGGAAAGGGCAAAUAUUAUGCAGUUAAUAUUCCAUUGAGAGAUGGAAUGGAUGACGAAAGUUACGAAUCCAUUUUCGUACCGAUUAUUUCUAAAGUUAUGGAAACUUUUCAACCUUCUGCCGUUGUUUUGCAAUGCGGCGCUGACUCUCUAACUGGUGACAGAUUAGGAUGUUUCAAUUUGACUGUACGUGGUCAUGGUAAGUGUGUGGAAUUUGUAAAAAGAUACAAUCUUCCAUUCCUUAUGGUUGGCGGUGGAGGUUACACGAUUAGAAAUGUUUCGAGGUGUUGGACUUACGAAACUUCAGUUGCUCUUGGAUCGGAAAUUGCUAAUGAACUGCCAUACAACGAUUAUUUUGAAUAUUUUGGUCCUGACUUUAAACUUCACAUUAGUCCAUCGAAUAUGUCUAAUCAAAAUACAUCUGAAUAUCUUGAAAAAAUAAAAACAAGACUUUUCGAGAAUUUAAGAAUGUUACCACAUGCGCCAGGAGUUCAGGUGCAAGCGAUCCCAGAAGAUGGUGCAGUGAUAGAUGACUCGGAAUUGGAGGAAAAAGUGAAUCCCGACGAAAGGCUACCACAGAGAGACAUUGAUAAGAGGAUACAACAUGAGAAUGAAUACAGUGACAGUGAAGAUGAAGGAGAAGGUGGUCGAAGAGAUAAUCGAAACUUCAAGGGCUCGAGGAAAAGGCCAAGAUUAGAGAAGGGUCAAGAUGGCGUUGACAAUGAUCUCAAGAAAGAUGAUGACAUCAAGUCUGAAACGAAAGAAAACGAAAAAGAUGACAAAUCAAACUCAACGAAUGAUGAAUCGAAAAAAGAUGGUGGUGCGAAUCCCUGAUAAAUGGCCCAAGCGACGAGUGACUCACGCUAUUCUUAUUUAAUUUUGAAUCGACCUAAGCGUAAAUGAUAUAAGAAAAAAAAAGAGAGUACCUGGUUAUGCGGCAAGUGAGAGAAGAAUUGACGAAAAAAAAAAUUCGAAAAUGACAUUUACAAAACUUCCGAAACCAAUAUUGCUCUCUUUUUAUGCUACUGUACAGUCUAAAAGAGGAUAAUUUUUCUAAACAAUUUUUCCAACGCACUGAGGUCAGAUUCGUAAUUAUAUGUACAUUGGGACAUUGACUCCAUGUACAACUAAAAUUACCAACGAUGCUCUUUUUAUUUAUUAUCGAACAAUUAGAAAUUAGUAUCAAGAGCGCGUUCUUUAGAGAUGAUGUUUUUUUUUAUGUGAUUUUUUUUCAUUUUUUUUUUGUAUUUUCGAAUCCAAAUGUUGAAAUCAUUUGCUUUCCUUCCCUAUAGGUGAAUUUAAUUGAAGUCUGAUACAUAAUCUAAUUAUUAGUUUUUUUUUUGACUAACUGCAAAAGUCAAAUUUUGAGAAUGAUGGGAGAUUAUGUCUAUAAUAGAUCUCAUUUUUUUUUUUUUUUUUUUGUUUGUUUGUUCUGUAAAGAAUCGGAACGAUAUUUAGAUUUACAGAAGUAGGACUUUUUUAAUUUUCAUAAAAUGCAGAUAUAGAUUUGCUAAUAAAUGUAUAAUGCAAAAAUAUUAUUUUUUUGAAAAUUGUAAAUUUCAUUUAUAAUAUUCGAAUUAGAUUGGUUUAGAUUCAUUGACAGAUCUGUUGUUGUUUUUUUUUUUCUUUUUUUUUUUUUCCUCAUGACUGAACCAUUAUUAAUAUGGUAUUGACGCGCAAUUUUUUUAUACACACAAAUCAUCGAUUUACUGAAUCGAUAAAUAAUAUAACAGAUUCAUUACUUUAUAAAAAAAAUUAUUUUUUUUUUUUGUAAAUAUAAUGAAAGACAAUUAUUUCAUCUCGCGCAAUUAUAUAAUCAAAUUUUUUUUUUUUAAAUGUUUGCACAUUGAUUUUUUUUUCGUAUGUGAAAAAAAAUUUAAUGUACCUAUAUUGAAAAAGAAUGAAGUGUUAGAUUUUGAAUUAGUCUGUCAAUGAGUAAACAUUUUUUGAGACUAGAUGUAGAUUUUUCAAUAAUAUUGUAAACAUUAAACUCUUUAUGUACACAUUUUUCGUCUUUACUAAUCCGAUUUUCUUAAUUGUGUAAAGUCUCAAAUUGAAAAUUGAUGUUUUCAAUGUAUGUCUUAAUUUUCUUACGAGUGUUUAUUUAAAAAUUUAAUGGAAUAUUAAAAAAAGAAAGAAAGAUAAUUAUGUAAUUGCUGUCAUAAUAUACAUAUAAAAUCGGAUUAGUAUCAUCAUUGGCGUGUAAGUGAUUGGUCCAAAAAAAAGGAAAUAAGAAAUUGUUAUUAAUUUAACUGUCAUUAAUCGUUCGAAUUAUUGCAUACAAAAAAAAAUCAAUAAUUUAUGCGUGAAGUUAUUGUUUAAUUAAAUUAAAAAUCAGGCAUUGCAUACUUAUGCCCUGCAUACAUCAAUCACAACUGUUUUUAAAUAUUUAUAAUAAAAGAUAAUAAAAUUUACUAUAUAAGAA